GCGGCUAGCAUUGUCCAACCAACCAAUCUGUGAGUCAAUUCUGCAUCAUAGAGCAAUCUUAUGGAAUUUAAUUGUUAUGAACUGUUUAAAGGUCGUUUCUCAGUAACUUUAAGAAAAUUUAAUUUUAUUUAUUUAGCUGAGUGCACAACUUGGUGCCAAUCAUGAUUCAACACCCUAAUCAGAAACUACCGAAACUACACCGCCUGGGUGCGAAUCGGCUCAGCGCUCUGUCGAGUGUGAUGGGCAAAAUUUUGUAAACAAACAUUAUCGCCAUAUCAGUGUUCAUAUCGUAAGAGAAAAUCGCACCGUUUUUUUCCACCUGUAUGGCCUCGCUGACGGAAUUGGAAAUCGGCCCCACUCCGGCAACAUUCCCGGAGGUCUCGUUCCCGGUGGAAAUCACUCGCCUUCCGGCCUCGGAGCUAAGCUACGGUGAGUUUUUCAGCCGCUUCAUGCAAACAAACACGGCCGUCAUCAUUGGUUCGGUCGCCGACCGGUGGAAGUGCUUUCGGCGCUGGGUGCAUCGUGAUCGUGAUGAUGAUGCAGUCGAUAAAGUAGACGUGACCUACCUGAAGGCGCGUAUCGGAAACGUUACCGUACCGGUGGCGGAUUGCGGACGGCAGUACUACAAUGCUCACGAGAAGCGGGAUAUGCAGUUUCACGAGUUUUUGGAUUAUUGGGCUGACCGGAAGGAGGAACAUUCGAAGAUGUAUCUCAAGGAUUGGCAUCUGAGGGAAAUAAUGCCGCAGUAUCGGUUUUAUGAGACGCCAAUGUUCUUUGGGUCCGACUGGCUCAAUGAGUAUUUGAUUGACCGGAAGCUUGACGAUUAUAUGUUCGUAUAUAUUGGACCGAAGGGCACGUGGACAUCAUUCCAUGCCGAUGUGUUUGCAUCGUACAGUUGGUCAACCAACAUCUAUGGAGUAAAAAGAUGGCUCUUGUUGCCACCGGGAGAAGAAAUCAAACUUAAGGACAAGCUGGGAAACUUUCCUUUCGAAAUAAGCGAAGAGCUUUUGAAGGAAAAGCAGGUGCGCUAUUAUGACAUCCGCCAAACGGCAGGGGAAGCGAUAUUCGUCCCGAGUGGGUGGUACCAUCAGGUCCAAAACCUAGAGGAUGCGAUUUCCGUUAACCAUAACUGGUUCAAUGGAUGCAAUAUAGCGAACAUUUGGGCCAGUUUAUGGGCGGCGUACGAGCAGGUUGUGAAGGAAAUCGACGAUUGUAGGGACAUGGACAACUUCGACGAGCAUUGUCAGCUGAUGUUGAAGGCGUCCUACGGGAUGAAUCUGGAAGCGUUUCUGGAUAUUCUGGAACAUGUUGCUAACAAGCGAAUUGGGACCAUCCUAGGGGGCGUUGAUGUAGUUCAUUUCGAUAUAUACAAAUUAGGUAAGUGCCAUAUCCAGUUUGAUCUAAUGAAAAUUCAGGAUGUACUAAGUAGUAUGCAUGAGCAAAACAUGUUACUAGAAACAUUGCGGCUAUUGACCAAAGUUGAAGAAAACAUGGAUAAAAUAAAGUCAGCACUUAGGCAGUUUUAACUUGUGUUCUUAUUUGCAAUAGUUUGUCCUCUUUUGCUUUUUAGUCCUUUAACUUUACUCGAUACAUACCGUAAAGUGUAGUGAAUAGAAUUCUGAGCACACAGCUUUACUACAGCUAGUCAAUUUAAUAGGAGCCUCCCAGCCAAGGGCUGAAAGUCUCUCAAAUAAAGACAAAUCAAUCAAUCAAUAAUAGGAGCCUAAACAUAUCUGACAGUGCCUGUCCAAUGACAGUAAUUAACCCUCCUAGGAUGUUAGAUUUCGUGCAGCACGCUGACGUAGAACAUGUUCAACGAGCCUGUCUGGGUCAUAUUGACCCCUAUAUCUUACUAGGGUUAAAGUUCCUAUGAUAAAAUUCAAACAGUUUUUGUCGUGAUUGAGCAUAUGUUGUAAAUUCAUACAUAAAUGAGAAGGUACUGGUUUCUUUCGGACAGAUUGAUUCGAAACAAACAUUCUACCAAUAAUAAAAGAAAGCAAAUCAGUAGUCGAA